AUGGAUACACGUGCAGGAGCAGCCCGCGCAAUUCGUUGGGCAGUAGGAUUUGGACCUAAAGAUUGUUUUGAUUUUGCAACUGGAGAAUCCUUAAUUCAAAUUAGCAAAUUGACAGAAACUGAUAAAAAAUGGUUGAUUACUAGUAAACAUGGUGGCACGGGCGGAAGACCUAUUGUUGGUGGAGUGGUAGUGGAAGAACCAGAUAUAAUUGUUGGCGAGGGACUAUCAUGUGGAUCCAUUAAUAAAAAAAUGGGAUAUUUAUUUGACAAUUCAAAAAAUGAUCGUAUAAUGUUUGAAAAAGAUGAGGAGGUUAAAAAAUUCUCGGAUGAUUCCGAUUUUAAUAAUUGA